GAGAAAGGCGAGAACUAAAGGGAGAGAAGAGGGAGAGAGGGAGGAGGAGGAGAGUUUAUGUCAGAAUGAGUCAGUGGUCAUACUGGGAAUGACUGGUCAAUAGAUGGUCUGAUAGAUCUGGUGCACAUGUGAGUGGACAGACAGACUGUAGAGACCUUAGAGGGAAACAUGAGCCGACAGCAGCAGCAGUCCCAGGGAGUGGUUCUAACGGGUUACCACAGCAACGCGGAACUGCUGCCGAAAACCGGACCGUGUGCGACCAGCUGUGCGACAGUCCAGGACCAAGAGCCCAGCGUGCCCAGCCGCAAAACCGGCCACUACACUGUUCAACAGAACCAGAGCACACAUCAUGGAGACAGAUCUGGGACUUCCACCACCAACAGUGUUUCAAAAGCCACCAGCGUUGACCCACCAUCACUACUCGCUCGCCGCAGCUCUCAGCCCUCAUCCAGCCCUAAACCAGGCUCCAGUCCCAGACACAGUCCCAACUCUAGAGCCAGACCGCGGCCGCCGUGCAAGCGCUGCAACUCUCAGGACUCUCUGGAAGAGCUGGAGAUGGACGACUAUUGGAAGGAGGUGGAGAAUAUCACCAGCUCAGGAGGGGAAGCGGGGAGGGGAGAAGGUGGAGGAGAAGGGGAGACGCAAGAGGAGGAGCAGCAGAAAAUUCCUGAGGAAGGCGAACAGGAGGAGGCGUGGCUUACAGAGGCGGGACUAGCGCGGCUGUUCGAUGAUUCACUGGCAGCUGACCAGGAUCAGGAAGAAGACAACGCAGUGUUCCUGUCCACGCUGACCAGAUCUCAGGUGGCAGCGAUAGAACGUCGCGUGACAUCACUACAGCAGACGUUGCUACGCCGACGCAACCGGCAACACGUUCCCGACGUUAGGGAUAUAUUCAGACCUCCUGAAAAGCUGCCGCAGGAUGAGGAGCCCAGUAAACUCAAAGGGGGAAGCGAGAAUGGACAAAAAGAUGUCACUUCAGCUGCAGAAGCGGAGACAGAACUGAACGUUGAGGUGGCGUUUUCAGAGCAGGCGCUCACUUACAGGGACAACCACCAAAGGUUAAAGGUCACCACUAGCCCGAGCUCACCUGACGACAAACUACCAAACUUUAAGCUUCUCCGAGACAAAACCGGUCAGACCAGAAUAGGAGAUCUGUCUCCUCUGGAUAUGAAAAAGGUGCGACGGCUGGUGCUUGUGGAGUCGACUGCUCUGUUUGACACAGCUGGGAUAGACCUGAAGGCGCCCAAAGCUGUCAAAGUAAAGACUAAAGAAAGUGGUCUUUUUGGUGUUCCCCUCGCCACUUUAUUGGAUCAGGACCACAGGCGGGCUCUUGGGACCAAAGUGCCAUUCAUACUGCAGAGGCUUAUUAGUCAUAUUGAGGAGGAAGGAUUAGACACAGAGGGGCUGCUACGGAUCCCUGGAGUGGCCAUCAGAGUCAAGUCACUGUGUCAGGAGCUCGAGUCCUCAUUCUAUGACGGGGGGUUUCCAUGGCAACAGUUGAAGCAGCACGACGCUGCUAGCCUUUUGAAGCUGUUCAUCAGGGAGUUACCCCAUCCACUGCUGACUGUGGAGUACCUCAACGCGUUUAUCGCUGUCAACAAGCUCCCCACAAAGAAGCAGCAGUUGCAGGCUUUGAACCUGCUGGUCCUUUUGUUACCUGAGGCCAAUCGGGAUACCUUGAAGGCACUAGUGGAGUUUUUCCAGGGUGUGAUCAACCACCAGGCCAAGAAUAAAAUGACCCUCAACAAUGUCUCCGUUGUCAUGGCGCCCAACAUCUUCAUGUUCAAAGGCUUUCGAUCCAAGUUGACGGAGCAGCAGGAGUUCUCCAUGGCAACCAGCACAGCCAACAUCGUCCGGCUGCUGAUUCGAUACCAGAAUCUUCUCUGGACGAUCCCCAAGUUCAUUAUGACCCAGGUCAGACAUCAAAACAUGGAAAGCCAUCGGAAACAAAACAAAGAGAGAGCUGUGAGAAAGCUGCUGAAGAAGAUUACCAUCGACAAACCAUCUGAUAAAGUUGUCCCUGAGGAGAGUUCUCAGGGAUUCAUUCGAGUUCAAGCACCGCAGUUUAGUAAAGUGUCGAUGGCCCUUCAGCUCACUGAAGAGCUGCAGGCUGCUGAAGUGUUAACACGCUUCCUCAGCCAGGACAGUUCAGUGGCAGUGAAACGGGAAGAGCUGUGUCUCUAUGAGAUUGGUGGAAACAUCAAGGAGAGAUGUCUGGAUGGGGAAACGUACAUGAAAGACCUCUUCCAGCUGAACCCGACAGCAGAGUGGGUCAUCAGAUCUGUGCAGCGAUAAACUGCUUCCUACCAUCAUGCACUGCUGGAUAAUGGACUGCUCCGAAUUGUCCCUACUGAGAAGAGACGUCAGCUGGUUCUCUGCUGGUUUUGGACGCACUCGCACCAUUUACUCGUUGCAAGUCAAAUGGCGUUUUUUGUUUUUUUUAAACGUAUAACCCCUUUUAAUGAACUCUGUGUUGGAAUGAUUUCUCCACUUGAUUGAACAAGCAGAUUUGUUAGACAAGAAAAGGGGAAAUGAUGUGCAUGGAUUAACAAUAACGCAGACUUUUUCCAUUUUUUUCGCCCUGCUUUAUGCUACAUGUAUGAAUUUGGGGCCUGGCGUACCACUGGCAUAAAGUAUCAGACUGUUGUCCAGGUGAAAGAAAGCCACUUGACCUUCACAUCUCUGCAGGACAGACAAACCACUUUCGUACUGUGUUGGGAAUAAACCAUUUCUCCCACUUUGUCACCGCACAAGAGCCACAACAUUGUGAUUCUUAAUAUUAUGUGAUACUGUAAGUAUUGCAGUUAUGUACUGUGAUUUAUUGCCACUAAUCACUUUGUUCUUGACUACAGUAAUAAGCUGAAAUUAAAUAGUUUGGGACGAUGAAUAAAUAUAAAAAUUCAAUUGAAUCAUGACUAAAUUACAUAACAUAAGUACACAUGUUUUCCGUAUACCCUAAUUUUGAGAACAUUGGCUUUUAUUUAUAUGUAUUUUUAUUAAAAGUCCUAAAAAGUAAAUAUGUGGUCGUAAUAUCGAAUGUGAAUUUAUCAAAGGACUUCACUGUAACCACGAGGGAUGAACAUUGGAGUGAAUGGUUUUAUGUUAGGGGGUGGAAAACUGGAUGGGGGUUUCAGAGAGAGGAGAGGUGAUAGAGUACUACUGUUCUGUGAGGGAGGGAGACCCCAAGACCUUUUAUAAUAAUAAUGAUGUCACUGAGGACUAACCAGGGCACGCAAUGAUGACAUCCCUGUUUUUAUGCUACAUUAAUAUUGCUGUUCAUAAUAACUUCAUAAACCGUUGAUGUUGGAGUGUGUUUAUGUGUGAUCCAUCUUCAAAAACACAUUUUUAUAUAAUAUAUACAUACAGUAGCCUGUGUGUUUGCAGGCAUGAAAUUCAUCACUUGCCUUACAAGUUUUCUACCAAAGACUUGAACAUUUUACAGAUAUGUUGGACUAUUUAAGUGAUCAUUUUAAUGAAAUAAAUUGCUGAAUGUUUAAAUUGCCUUCUUCAGUGAUAUGCUGUCACAUGAUGGGUACCAAAAGUAUGUGGACACUAAUACUUUUUUUAUUUUUAAUUUUUGUCUUUUGUCAAGUCUUGAUAUCCAUUGAUAUAGAACACUGGUGAAAGUUGUAUUAAUCCAGGCAUAGAAAAACCGCCAUUUUAUCUUUUUUGGCACAUAGCUGUGCUUCUCUUGGCUUUCAACAGAAUUCUAAUCUGAUUCUGUGGUUUCUCAGUUUCAACAGCCUGUGGAGCAUCAUAUCUGCACCACAAAGUCAAACAGCACAGAUAUAUUUCUCUUGUGGAAAGUUGUGGAGUAGAAAUGAGUCACUCCCUGCCUUGUAUUGUCUUGUUUACUGUGAAUGUUCUUUCCCCAACAAAUGAUGUCUUUGUCUUAUUUUUGCCUCUGAAAUGACCACUAAAGCAGCCUGUAAAUAAAAGUGCAGUUAUUAACU